AUGUUCUCUGGAGCUCUGCUGCUGCUGCUGGCUGCUGGAUCCUGUGAGGAGCUUUAAACUAAUAAUCCCAUCAGAUCGACUGAAUAAGAACAUGAAUGAUGGAGAUCAUGUUGGUUUGUGUUUCCACAGGUGUCAACAGUAUUGAUCUCAUCCAGCCAGACUCCAAGGUUGUUCAGCCUGGACAGUCUCUGACCAUCACCUGUCAGGUCUCUGGUUAUUCUCCGACUGAUAACAGCUAUGGAACAGGAUGGAUAAGACAGAGUGAAGGAAAACCAAUGGACUGGAUUUCUCAUCAGUGGGGUGGUGGUACACUUCGCCAAAAUAAUGCUCUGAAGAACAAGUUCAGUUCCAGCAGAGACACUUCAGCUGGAACAGUGACUCUAAGAGGACAGAGUCUGCAGACUGAAGACUCUGCUGUGUAUUACUGUGUACGUGUGAGCUCCACAGAGAGAGACAAUAACAGCAGAGACAGACAAAAACUACUUCCUCUAUUUUCCACCAUCUCUGGGAACAGAUGGUUGUCCCAGUGCCAACACUGA